CCCAGUAUUAUAAUCUGAUUCAUAGAGAAAUAGGUCGACAUUUUAACCAUGAAAUGUAUAUUUCAUUAAUAUCAUAAUGACACAGUGUAAGAAUGAUGACAAGAGUGAUGGAAAUAGUAAUGGUGAGAGGUCAAGGCUGGUUCACAAUGUUAUGGACCACUUGGGAUACAGCCAGGAGAUGGUUCAUCAGAGGCGUAUUGUGUACUGGGAGCGGGAUAUAAAACUGAACGAGGUCGACACUGACUUCUUCAGAAUCACGGCCGGCAGUAAGGGGGAGGGAUUCUCAUCUCGUACAGAGAGUGAUGUGGAUGUCCUUAAUAUCCAUAGAUAUGCACAAUGUUCAUUAGAUAACAGCCAAACGUAUGAUGAAACUGAUACCACUUUUACUAUGGAUGCUCAAACCUGCCAUCCUGGACAUUUUUUGCUGAAACUAUUGAAGAAAGGAUCCCGUGUUCAUCACAAUAUUGAAAAUUCACUGGAAGAAAGUGUUGAUGGUGAUGUGUAUAUAUCCAGCUUCAUCUACACACAACAUGCAUCAAAAUCCUCACAUGCAAAAAUGAAUCCGAAUUUCCAGGCAGCGGAUAUUACAGGCCCUGCUGUCCCACAGACGAGGGGACAAUAUCGGGUAGAGAUAGUCUUUGCUCUACCAUGUGCAUGUUCCGGGAACAUGCUUUCUGAGUGGAUAGAACGUUCCCGCCCCCACAGCUGGCCCCAGCCCUGGCUGGUUGAGAAGGUGGCAAAACAAGAGGCUCAGCUGGUCCCUGUGGGGUGUAUGGGGAGCCAGAACAGGGGCCGGGAGUGGCGGGUCUGCUUCAUCCCUGGGGAACUCCUCCUUACCAAGAGUCUCACUGAGACCCAGUACAAGCUCUAUAUCAUCAUGAAGAAGGUCAACAAACAUGAGUUGAAACCCAUUUGUGAAGACCUUUCUUCAUAUAUGAUGAAAAAUAUUAUUUACUGGACAGUAGAAUCUAACCCUUCAGACAUAUUCACACCAGAGAACCUUCUCAACACACUGACACUAUGCCUGAAUAAAUUACAACAAUGUGUGAAGGACAAUAACCUGCCAUACUACAUGAUACCAGGCAGAAACCUGCUUAUUGGAAAAUUAUCUUCAGAAAUAAGACUACAGGUUACAGACAAGCUGGAGGAGCUGAUACAAGAAGGACCUGCGGUAAUACUGCGACUACACAGAUUCAAGGAUGCCUUGGAGAUGUCCCAUAAUGAACUGGCCAAGAGGAGCUACAACAGGAAUGAGUUAGAGAGAUAUGACCUGGUGAGAAUGAACAUCACGGCCAUGCACUGGCGGCCAGGCAGGAGCUAUGAGGAGAGACUGGACCUGAUCACCAACGACCCCCAACAUGCAGGCAUCAACCACACAAUCAAUGACAUGGUGUGGCCAGAAUGGCGGCAGUAUGCGGGGCAGGACAGGCAGACAAUACUGCAGGCUAAGAUUGACGAGGCACUUUCAUAACAACAAAGAAUUAUGAACAUAGAGUAUGACAAACAAUUUGUGAGAGUGUCAUGGCACACACAAGAUGAACACUGCCAAGCAACGUGAUGCCUUUUUGAGUGCAAGAAUGUGACGUGCUGCCCUUAUACCUUUCACUAUGUGCCAUGUGUCAUUUGACAGCUACUUCGGUAUUUGUGUCAAAAGCAGACUACAUGUGUUUGAAUAAUUGGAAAUCUCCUAAACAGUGUCAGUCAAUGUCCAUCAAUAUUAGAACAUGACCAGUAGGCAGAGAGAGAGAAGGUCAGUAUAGAUAUAAAAUCCCCAUCUGUAAGAGUGACCUUCCCCCUCAAGCUGAAGCAUGAAGAUUAUUUGUGACACACUCCCCUAGGAUGUUCUACAAGUGUAUGAGGUUUGAUUGAAAUCAUGUUAAUGGUUUAAAGCUAUGGGUAGAACAUGAAGAGUAGAUAUGAAAUGGAGUGAAGUUCGAUGAAUAGUUACAAGGCUGAGAUUUUGGGCAAUGUUGUUGUCCAAGGCAAACAUUUACAAUGAGAUAACAAAUUGUAUUCAUUUAAUACAAAUUCUGAGGAGCUUCAUUAAAAUCCCACCAAUAAAUAGAUUUCCAUGGACUUGGAUGUGCAUAAGGUGGUUUCCUGCAACCACUGGCGUCAGAGUAAUACCCUUAUGUAAUACAAUGCUAAAAUUGGAUUGAGAUAUCUUAACAGACAGAUGGAUAGACAGAGGCGUUAACUAUACGCCUCCUUUCCUGAGCAUAAAACAUAAACUCUAAUGUUAUUGCACCAGUGUUCGGAAUUUGCGGUUGUCUGAUCGCCCAAGGCUACCGAAUUUCAGCUCGGGCUACCGGAUUUCUGUAAAAAAUAGCUGAGCGGGCUACCAUUUUUUCCAAAUGUAAUUUAACAAAAAAAAACACAUGCCAAUUAAACGCGUAAAGCAUCGUGUUUUUAUACGCUUAAUAUUUAAGAAUGCGUCCUAACAGGCAACUCAAGCGACCGUGUCAUUGGACUUACAAAUUGAAAUAAAGUGACAAUUUAUAAAGCAUAUACAUGUCGGAUAACAAUAAGGAAUCUAACAAGGAACUUAAAAGACAUAGAAAGGUAGGAAAACAAAAGGCAAGUUCAUCAUUAGAAAUCAUACUGAGUGACCGCCAUACUUCAAAUAUCAACACAGCGUGUUCAAAACCAGAGAGUGUGACUAAUACAAACACAAGCUUCGACAAGGAUUUUUACAAUAGUGCAUAUUCUUAUGUAUCAAGUGUUAUGAAUCCAAACACCUCGCCCAUAAUGAAUUUUGGCCAACAAGUUCCGAAACAAACACCAGUUGGCUUUGCAGCUUCCACGCCAGUAAUUGGACCACCAGGCAAUACACCACCUCCAUGGGCUGUUGAAAUAAUCUCUGACAUUAAAGUCAUUAAAUCUGUAAUCCCAAAACUUGACCAAAUGGAAAAAUCCCUUAGUACCAUACAUUUAAAAUUAACAGAAUUUGACACUAGAAUGAGUGCAGUGGAGACAAAAGUUAAUGACAUUGAGAAUUAAUGAGAAAUCAUGCGCCUUCAUCAGCGACGAAAACGACACGCGAAAGACAGAAUUUAAGACACUACAACAACAAGUUAAACAUUUAGACACAAUUUGCAAGAACUCUUAAACAUCCAUAAAAUCUUAUCAACAAGAAGCAGAAAAAUUAAAAGUAACGAACUAGUAAAAGACCUGAUUAAGCUACACUUACAGCUUAACACAGACCACAUGGCCUUCGACCGUGCGCACCGACUGGGAGCUAAAGCAACCCAUUGUUGUUAAGUUUCAUAAAUACACCUCAAGGGAGGCAGUGCAAGUGAAGUCGAUAGAGUCGGAAGUAAAAACAGCUCUCAAAAACCAAGGCCGUGGAAUCAGAAUCCAAUCACCACAGGAAUAUCGUGACGCCAGUAAAGCGUUCUACCCUCUUUCAAAAAAAGCCAAGGAUCGAGGAAAGACGACCAGAGUCAUAGGGAACAAACUGUACAUAGACCGAACUCUUACAAAAAUGUUAACGGUAAACUGUGUGACCCAGUUAAUAACAGUGCCUAGGACAGUCAAGAGGGAUCGCACUUAAGACUCUUAUCCUGGAAUAUAUAUGGCCUUUCCAGAAAAAUCCAAGAUACUGAAUUUAUUGAUAUUAUUAAGCAAUAUAAUAUUAUUUUUCAAUCAGAAACAUGGAUUUUAGAGCAUACUUGUUUAAACCUAGACAUUAAUGAUUAUCUUUGUGAACAUAUAACCGGUAGUAAGUCACAUAACAUCAAGAAAGGCUGAUAUAGCGGUGGUUUAUCAAUCUAUUAUUGCAAAUCAUUAAGCAAACAAUUUGAAAUCGUUGAUAAAAAUCAGCAUGGUAUAUUUUGGAUAAAGUUAUCAAAAGAUUUAUUUAAUUCUAACGAGGAUGUAUACAUCUGUAAUACAUAUAUUCCUCCAAUUAAUUCAAAAGUUAUAAGAAAUAACCAAUUUGACUCUUUUUUUUAACUUGGUUUAGAGAAAUAUUCUCCCUUUAGUAAAUGUUUUGUUAUAGGAGAUCUUAAUAGUAGAACUUCUAGCGCUACAGAUUUUCUUUCCUUUGACAGGAAAGAAUAAUUAAACCUUAUUUUUGCCAUUAGCCUACAAAACAAAAGUUUAUAACUUUGAUGUCAUCAGAUUCAAGACAAACUUUACGAAAUAUUAGUAACUUUAUGUACUUUGCAUUUAUAUUACGAUCACGAAAUUAACAUGAUGUGAUAACUAAAACCAUUGUGACAAAUAUGUCAGAAAUUAUACAACAUCCCUCUAUUGACCAUGUCUGCUUUUUACGACAAAGUUAUAUAAUUUAUGUUGGCUAUGAAUGUGGUAAACGUUUAUUGCUGAAUAAAUGUUAUGUUAUGUUAUAUAAACACAUGUCAAGAGUAAUUCGAGGGGUGAAUGCGAAAAGGUUCUAAGUGACAUUAAAUAAAGAAGCAGAUAGAACCUUUUCGCUUUCACCCCUCGAAUUACAGCCCGAAGUGACAAGUGCUUAUCGAUCUGUUUGUAACCAGUAACUGUGUCUAUUAGCAGCAGUUAAACUCAAUGACGUCAGUAACUCCGCCCUGCAUUAUGUAAAUUAACGAUAACUUCGGCAGUUUUCGCUAAAUAUGAUGGCAGUGAAAAGCAGCUAAGCUAAAUACCAAUACAAAAAUUGAUACUUCAUUUAUUUUGUUUAAAUAUAUUUUAUAAUUGUGGAAAAAUAAAUGAUAGAUUUUAAGUUUUUAAUGCAUAAAAGAAAAUUAAUAUUUUACAAACAUCGUCCUAAAUGCGCAGGAAACAGGUGCCCGUUUACUUCCUGAGAAAUUUAAUCAAAAGUAAGGAGAACUGUUAGACAGUUAAAUCGUUGUCAGUGUACAGUACAGUAAGGUACUAUUAUAUACCUUUAAAUUGCUUUACCAUUUAUUUAAAUAACAUUUAAAGGAAUAUUGGCAAUAGAAACAUCAAGUUUUUUUUGUUUUGCUUUUUUACUUCUGGAACUUGAAAGUGAAACUGAAAGUAGAAAAAAAUUGUCAUUGCACAAUUGCUGGUGCAUAUCGGAUUUGACAAGGAUGCAUUGGUUAAGAGAACUAAUUGUAUAUAUAAUUUGUGUGAUUUUUUUAGUCAACGAGAAGUUCACGCUUUAUAAAUUAUUGAUGCAUUGACUUGUCCAGAUUGAGGAACAUUUAUAAUUAUUGAAAAUGAA